GCGGGCGGCAUGGCCCGGCUGGAGGAGACGGAGAGCUUCGAGGGGCUGCAGCUGCCCGGCCACCUCCACACUCAGGAGUCCCUGAGCGCCGCCUGCGCCUUCCCCUUCCGCCCCUCCGACGUCCUGCUGGCCACCUACCCCAAGUCCGGCACCACUUGGAUGCAAGAGAUCCUGACCUUAAUGUACAGCAAGGGAGACUUAGAGGCAGCCAAGAGCAUCCCCAACUGGGCCCGGGUCCCCUGGCUUGAGCACCUCCACCUGAAGGAGAUUCUCCAGGAAGCGGAAGAACCCCGCCUUCUCACCACCCAUCUGCCCUGGCGAGUGUUGGCAGCUGCCCUGAGGAAAGCCAAGCCCAAGGUGAUCUACGUGGCCAGAAACCCCAAAGAUGUGGCCGUGUCUUUCUACCACUUCCACAAGAUGGCCAACUUUUUCCCAGACCCUGGCACUUGGGACGACUUCUUGCUUCAUUUCUUGGAUGGCUCCGUGCACUACGGCUCCUGGUUCCAGCACGUCAAGGGCUGGCUGAGCUGCCAGAAGGAGAUGAACCUUUUCUUUGUCACUUAUGAGGAGCUGCACCAGGACUUGCGGGGCUGCGUGCAGCGCCUGAGCGCCUUCCUGGGCUGCCCUCUGCAGCCAGGCCAGGUGGAGGCCAUCCAGGAGCACAGCAGCUUUGCCUCCAUGAAGGAGAAUGCCAUGGUCAACUACAGCCUCAUCCCGCAGGAGAUCCUGGACCCCAGCAAGGGCACCUUCAUGAGGAAAGGUGUUGUUGGAGACUGGAGGAACCACUUCUCCGCAGAGCAGAGUGCCCUCUUCAACAGGAGGUACCAGCAGGAAAUGGGAGGCUGCAGCCUCAGCUUCCAGGGCCACCUGGACUGACCUGUGUCUGCAGUCUAGCUUUGCCGGGUCCAAUUCAAGAAAUAUCUCAGGACUUUGGGGUGGAGCCAGGAGACUUUGGGGGUGGAGCCAGGAGACUCUGGGGGUGGAGCCAGGAGACUUUGGGGGUGGAGCCAGGAACAAGGCUGUGACAAGCACGAUUGAACUCCCAAGGGAGUUCUGGCAUGUCUUUUAAAUGCCUUCCCUUCUUUGGGGGCUCACAGAAUUGCACCCCCUGGUCCAAUCUUUUUGAAACUGUGGGAGGUUUUUUUUUGAGGAGAGGCACCAGACUCUGUGCUGAAAAUCUGGUGCCUCUACCUCAAAAAGCAGCCCCGCUCCAGAUAUCCCCAGAUUGAUUAUCCAUUAUACCCUAUGGGCACAUGGAGUGCUCAGCAGACAUUCAGCUCUCCAGCAUCCUGAUAACCCUGAUGCGGGGGGAAGGUCUCCAAGGAUCUCCUGCCCCAACCUGUGGAUUGGCAACCCUCUUGCACAGCCCCCCCCCCCCAGCCACAGGAUUUGCAGCUCAUUAACCACAGAGCCAAAAACCACCUGCUCCCACCAGCUGCAGAGAUCUUUUGCAGCUCAGAUCCUCCAUGCGCAGAGCACAAAGUGGAUCACUGGCCAUCAUCCCAGAGCUGUUGCUGCGGCAUUCCUUUUGGGGUGGGAGAGGGGACAAGGCAGGUGGGCUGUUCCCUGGUAGGUUUCCUUUUCUUCUGCAGGCUUCACCAAAGAAUUGCCCCUCCCCCACCCAGUGUUUACAGUUGGCCUCUCUCUCCUCCUCUUGGAAGAUGGACAGCCGAUUUUGUGGAGCAGUUCUGCAGCUCCUGGAGUGUCUGAUGGCCAGGGACACAUCUGCAAAACUGGCCCAAUUUGCACCUGGCACAGCUUGGGUGAGGGAGCCAGAUGUCAGCCACAUGUGGAGUAGAAAAGGAAGCCCAAGAAUCCCCACUAAGGGUCAGAUAAUUCCCCCUCCCUCACCUGUCCCCCUGCUGCUAGGGAUUAUGCUUUGCAUCCAAACAUUUUUGCUCGCUGAAGGUAAAACUCAAUGAGACACCAGCAGGCCCUCCUGGCACUGCUAAAAGCAGGAUUGGUGCCCUGCAGGAAGGAGGAGGGAGGGAAUUAAUCCUGCGCCCCCCCCCACCCCAUGUGGUUUUGUGUGUUGAAGUCACCACCUCUGCGCUUCGAUCCCAGUAGUUGGGAGAGAAAGGAGAGCUGACAAGUGCUUUGAAUAAAAUGUUUCCGAUUGAA